AGAUGGCGGUCACCGAUACAAACAAGUACUUGCAACACUGAUUUUUUUCGAAAGAUAUAACAAAUGCCGCUAAGUGUGAACAUCUCUACACAAGACACUUACGUAAACCAUCUUUGAGAAGACCAUGGAUGGUGAUGAAGAUUCCAAAACUGCUUCAAAUUCCCCCACAAAGGAGGAACUCCGACAACACAGAUUGGCUUACUUUAGAUCAAAGUCCAACUCCAGAGAGGAAACAUCAACAGAAAGUCAAGUGCAGGAUGUUCCGCCACCAACGAUUAAAAAAACCAAUGAAACUUCAAGAACCUUUAAUAGAAAUAUAGAAAUUAAUCAGAAUGGAACUGUUGACCCUUCUGAAACAAACAGUUUGAAAGACAUCAGAAGAAACACAGAAACUAAGGAUAAUCUAACAUCACACGGCAUAAUUCCUACAACAAACUGGACCCAACAUGAUUCUGCAGAAUCAAAUAAAACAAAUGAACCUUCAAAUUCUUUAUCAUUGAAUCUUGACAGAGAUGCUGGUGGCUGGAAUGUUAGAAAUUUUUCAGACAAAGAAUUUCCGAAUGAUGAUUUUGAUGAGCUCAAAGAACAGCUGAAACAACAGACAGUUACUUCAGGUAAAGAUGGUUACAAUGAGUUGGUGGAACGCCUCAUACAGUGUGCCAAACGAGAUAUAAUCAUACGCGAGGAGAGUCAAAGGAGCGAUAGACGUGGGAGUGCUCAGAAUUCAUCACGAGUAACCAAUGAAAGUCGACAGAGGGACUCAGGGACUCCCAGUAGACUCGGAAAAUGUCAUUAGAAAUGACAUCUCUAGACAUGUGCAGCAGCAAAAUCUGAUAGAGAGGAGUGACAAUGUUGAGCAUGAAAAAAGUCAUGAAAAAAAUGUAAAGGGAAGUAAUUCCACCAAUAAUGGUGAGAUACUGGCUGAUAGAUAUAGUUCUAGUCAAAAUUCUCAUUUAAUGAGAGAUUCACAAGAUUUUGAUGUGACUUAUAUGUUCCAAAAAUCAUUAGACUUUGAACAUUUAGAAAGUAUUGGUCUUCAAACUCAUAGAGCAGACUCAGAUCGUGUUGAUGAUGUUAAAACAGAGGAGCAAAACACUGAACCCUUAGAGGAAAAGAUCAGAAAGCAAUCUCCCAGAGUAUUAGAUGAAAUUGCAUCCAAUGAUUUAAAAGGAGUGCUUGGUGAAAUGAAGUAUAAGGCAUUCCUUGAGAAGUCAAUUAAGGAAAUAGAAGAACUUCACCAAGGUCAAAAUUCAGAUCGAUCCAUUGACAAACAACAAAAAAACGUAUCAAGAAGACAAAAUAAUGUAGAAAAGCAAACACAAAAUAAUAGAAAAACAUCAUCUGGUGAUCUUAAUGCAUCUAAGACUCAAAAAUCUGACCUCCAGAUUGCAGAUCAGAGACAACAAACUAUGACAGAUAAGGACACAACAGACCAAGACAAUUCAACUCUAGUUAAUGGUAGUCUUACAGAUAUUACACAGAUCGACCAUGAUGGUGGUCAGGAGUCAGCUCGCCCCCUGCUCAACCGUCCUAAAUAUGAUCCAAUUAGAAAUGUCUUCCAACAAAAUGAGGAAGGAAAAGAAAACAAUAGCUCAAAAGCUUUCUGGGUCAGGAAACUAUGAACAAGUCAAUGUACCACGCAAUGUAGUGUUUUCUUCUUCUCAGAUAUAUCAACAGGCCUAUAAAGGUGGUCAGAUACCAGGGUAUGAGUCUCCCUCUAUGUUUCCUUACCAUCCAGAAAUGGCAAUGAACCCAGCUAUGAUGCAGCAUAUGGCAGGAAAUCCAUAUGGAAAUAUGUACAACUCAAUGCAACCUAAUCCGUAUUACAACCAUAUGCCUUUCCAGGGUCCACCGGCAUCUCCUGUUCAUGGCUCCUUCAUGUAUCCAUACUAUCCUAUGCAGGGUUCCAUCCCAAGUUUACCUGGGGGACCAGCACGAGUGGUGCCCCAUCCGUCGGAACAGGGCGUGCCACCAGUUGAAGCUUACCUACAACAGCUAUCUGCAAGAAGUUACCAGUCUUAUGAUGGAUCAGAUGCUCAUUUGUUCAGUCAAUACCCAGCAAAUUAUAUCCCCUUAUCAAAAGUUCCCCAUCCUCCUGAUGCAAAGACAUCUUCUAGUAAGAAACCCCCUCUUCCUAACAAUGCUGGAAUGAAAUCUCCUUCAGUGCAGAACAUGAAAAUGAGUCAGCUACCUACUCAGAUGUUUUACCCGGCAGAGCAAUACCCUCCAACUCCACAAGGUAUUCACCCUCACCCACAUCCCCACCCCCAUCCAACUUCUGCUCAGGGAUCUCAGUCAGGAGAUGUACCUGAAUAUCAUAAAAACUACAUACAGCAACCACCCAAGGGUAUACCCUACCCCCCGCCCCCAGAAAAUGUGGACCUACAGGCCUACUUCCAGUUCCUUGAGAGUCAGGGUUAUCCUGUGCCCUACCAGGUGAUGGCCUCUCAGAAACAGCCUGGGGCAGAGCUUUUUGGUGAAGGGGAAGGUAAUACACAAGCUCCAUAUGAGAUGAUGGUGCCACGGCCUCCCUCUCAGAGUAAGAAGACCACUGCCUCACCCCGCCUCAGCAGUCGACAUGAAAAAUUACUCGAAAGUAAAAAACCAGAAAGUGCACGCCAGACACCAAACAGAGAAAGCAUAGAUGAUCGGGCUUCCCAGUCAUCUCAACGACAUGUGGAUGGCAUCAGACAGUACCAUGAACAAAAGAGACAACAACAUGAAGAUGAAGAAGUAUUAGAGCGGCAGAGAACAUUUGCAAAGGCAUCUAUCGACCGGUAUUUCAACUCUCUUGAGAGUUUGUAUCGGCGAGAAAAGGCAAGCCAUGAGGAUAGGGAGGAGGAAAUAGAAGAAGAAAAAGAUGAAAGAGAAGUUGUCAAUGAUGACAGAGAAACUAUGGUAAACACAGAGGUUACUGUGGCAACAAUAAAGGCAGGGGGUAUUACUGAUAGGAUGGAAAAGCUUGGGUUAGACCUCUCCUUCCUUAGGGACGGUAAAGACCAGGAAGGUCAGAAGCAGGUACCACCAGUACAUGAAGAAAACAAGGGAGACAAUUCUAAAGACAAACGUGUGAUUGUUUGUCCAGAGUGUGGCGAGGUCAACAAGCCUUACAUGACCUGGUGUGGGGACUGUGGAGACAUUCUGAUUGGUGUAGAACCAAUACUACCUACAAAGAAAAAGAACCGUGAGAAGAGACAGGUGAGAAAAAUGGUAGAUAGUAAGACUGACAAAAAUGUGACCUUUAAGGAUAAGACAGACAGUCACCGGAAUGAAAUUAUAGAUAGUAAUUACGAGUCACCAGUAUAUGGAGACUCUCCUAAGGAGAAGUCUUCUCCAAACAAAUCAGAAAGUCGGGACAGCGGUCGGCCGUCCAGUGAAGACCUGGAUGGCGGUCGAACUGAAAAGGAGGUCAUUGAUAUCUGCGAGUCUAUAGAUGAUCCUGUUGUUAAGAGUUUCAUCAAGUCUUACUUUAACAGGAAGAGGCAGGCGCUGGAGGAGACAAGAAAAAGCUUGGAAGGAGAGUUCCAAGAAGCUUCUGAAUCUCAAGUUGUUGAAGAGGAAUGGGAGAAUCAUCAGCCUUCACCAAAAGACCCAGAGAAUUUUGAUGAUAUAUUCGAUGACAAAUUGUUGAGGAAAGAGGAAGUUUGGCUCCAUGAACAGAUGUCAGCAGAGGUUGAAAAUAAACCAUUAAGAGGCAAAAAAAGUGGGCCUCUGGAUAUUGAGGUGUUCAGUGUGGCUGAGACAAGGCAGAGCAGGAACUCUAGUCGAGUGGAGUGUGUUGUUCCGAUGUUAAAUCUUGUCAACAGCAGUGAUGAAGAGGAUGAGGUAAGGGGAAAUAACUCUCAUGAAGAACCCAUUCAAUCACCACCAGUCAGCAUGUCUCUGGAAAGUGAUGAUUGGCAUCAGAUGUUUGAGCAAAACAGAAGAACCCCUCCCAAUACACCUCCCGUUCCCCCUUUGGUCGAUCUGUCACAGGACGAGAACGAGCAGAAAAGCUUAUUGGAACAGAUAGUCGAACAAGACGUAUCUAGGAAACCACCAGCAAGUGGUGAACCAAAGAAAAGUUCCUCUAAAAAUAAUAAAAAAUCUAAAGUUAGAAAAUCCAUGGAAACACCUGGUUACCAGAGACACUGGGAGAGAUCCAGCAUAGCAUGGGGGUCCUACAACCCUCGAGAACUGUCCACCAAUUCAAGUGUAAAAGGUCCACAGAACAGCAAAGCACGUCCAUCUAGUGCGAGUCGGCGAUUGGUCAGUAAAUCUGUCAGUGUUGACAGCAUAUCCCAGCCAUUUGAUGAAUCGCCUUCCAGCAGUGAGGCAACAAGGCAGAGCAAGAAGCCACGCCCCUCAAGUGCUGAUCUGUCCAAAAGGAAACAGAGACCAAGCAGUGCUCAGAACCCAAACAGGAAAACAACUGAUUUUAGCAGAAAUUCUCAAGAUCGUCCUCAUUCCUCUGAUGUACGACAUGGGCGCUUACAUCAUCGCAGUUCCUCAGAGACUGCUUUGACCCCAGCCGAUCAGGACCAGCCGUUGUCCUCGGAGAGAAGAACCAGUCCUGCACGAAGAAUUCGUCCCAAAUCAAAGGAACGAACUCUUUCACAGAGUCGAUCUCCUGACAUAGUGGAGAACAGCCUGUUUAUUCCGCGACCCCCGAGUGCAUCAGAUACUGGUAGAGAUGAACAAAACCAGCAACCACAACACUCAGCUCAGGCAACCAACACCCCACAGCCCCAGUCACUGAUCCCUCAGGCACAGAAUCAGAAGUCUGAGAACAGCAACCCUUCUACCCCUAUUCCUGACAGCCCCUCCAGUCUUCCGUACGUCGUUGAUCACAGACUGCCUGCUGAGGUGGUGAUGGACCCUCCGCUUACCUCACACACAAAUGCAGAAUCCGUUCUGAAUGCUUAUUCAAAAUAUCAUGAAAUGACUCCAAGGAUACAGAAAGGUAAAUUCUCAGCCUGGCUGUGCCUGCCGGACGAGAUCUUACUACACAUACUGUCCUACGUGACAAUGGCAGAUUUGGCACGGUGUGCACGUACAUGUACAGAUUUUCACCGUGUGGCCAUGGAUGACUCGCUCUGGAAAUACAUCACCUUGAAGAAGAAGCACCACCUUAGUGACGAGUCUCUCGCCGAGAUUGGUAAGAGACACCCUGCCAGUCUAGCCUUCAUUCAGUGCCAUGGUGACAACAUCACUGCCCGAGGUCUCCGCGACCUGUUUAGAGAAUGUGCAGACAGUCUCAGGGAGUUAAACCUGUGUGGUUGUAGUCGAGGAGCCCUGACCGGGGAUUGUAUCCUCCUCCACGCGUCCGCCCGCUGUCGUGGCCUUACACAUAUAGACGCUAGCUGGUGCAAUGUAACAGACAGUGGAAUUGGUGCUAUAUCUGGGUCUUGUGACAGACUUGAAAGUUUGUGUAUAAAUGGAUGUCAGAAUGUUAAAGAUGAAGGAUUGGAAACUGUGAUAAAGAAGCAUGGGAAAAGUUUACGACAUUUGGAGAUGUUUGGAUGUUUCAAUAUCACACCAAAGAGUAUUCGUUUUCUUGCGACCCACUGUCUGAACUUACUGAAUAUAAACUUAGGACAGUGUUAUAAGUUGACAGACUCAUGUAUAUCCCAGCUGUCUUCUAGUCUUGGCCGAGUAGAAAACCUUGACCUUCGUGGAUGUAAACAGAUCAAAGACAACUGUAUUAGGUACGUGGUGAAGAAUUGUCCCCGAUUACAGACCAUCUCCCUCGCCAACUGUCCUAACAUCACAGAUGUCUCAAUGUUGGAAGUUUCCACAUACAUCACAGAUAUAAGGACUAUAGAUGUUUGUGGGUGUAGGAAUAUUACAGACAAUAGUAUUAGAGCCUUAGCCAACAACUGUCAAAAUCUUCGCAAUAUAGACAUCAGUUCCACAGGCUGUUCCCACCGCAGUGUAUCCAUGUUGGCUAACUUUUGUAACCAACGUCUAGAGACAGUCAAGUUAAACUUCUUGUCUGAUAUAACGGACCCUGUGAUCAUCAAACUGGCCAAACACUGUCGCAGGUUGAAGUUGCUACAUUUGUAUGGUUGUACCAGUAUCAGGAACAGUGACAAAAUCAAGGAGGUCAAUACCAGUGUAAAGGUGGAAAUGUGAUACUCGUAAAGUAUCGGGAAGGUCAAUACCAGUGUAAAGGUGGAAAUGUGAUACUCGUAAAGUAUCGGAAGGUCAAUACCAGUGUGGAGGUUAAAAUGUGAUACCCGUAAGGUAUCGGGAAGGUCAAUACCUGUGUGGAGGUUAAAAUGUGAUACUCGUAAAGUAUCGGGAAGGUCAAUACCAGUGUGAAGGUGGAAAUGUGAUACUCGUAAAGUAUCGGGAAGGUCAAUACCAGUGUGGAGGUUAAAAUGUGAUACUCGUAAAGUAUCGGGAAGGUCAAUACCAGUGUUGAGGUUAAAAUGUGAUACUCGUAAAGUAUCGAGAAGGUUAAUACCAGUGUGAAGGUGGGAAUGUGAUACUCGUAAAGUAUCGGGAAGGUUAAUACCAGUGUGAAGGUGGAAAUGUGAUACUCGUAUAGUAUCGGAAGGUCAAUACCAGUGUGGAAGUGGACAUGUGAUACUCGUAAAGUAUCGGAAAGGUCAAUACCAGUGUGGAGGUGGACAUGUGAUACUCGUAAAGUAUCGGAAAGGUCAAUACCAGUGUGGAGGUUAAAAUGUGAUACUCAUAAAGUAUCGGAAAGGUCAAUACCAGUGUGGAGGUUAAAAUGUGAUACUCAUAAAGUAUCGGAAAGGUCAAUACCAGUGUGGAGGUGGACAUGUGAUACUCGUAUGGUAUAGGGAAUUCUCUCAUAGUAUUAAGUUUUGAUAGUAUAUCAUAGUUGAAAUAAGGUGUACUAUUAUAGUAUAUAUACCUGUUAAUACAAUUGUAUCUGUUAAAUAGACAACAAUUCUAUAUUAAAGUUACAUAUUAACAUGCACUUGGAAUGCAUGUCCUCUGUAAUGUCUGAUCAUGACAAUGAAAAAUCAAUGAGCAAAAGUGUGAGGUGUUCCAGAUAUAAUACACACUUUAGAAAGUAUAAAAAUAUUUGUAUGUAAAUACCCAAAGUAGUAUUGGUGUACAUAAAAUAUAUAUAUCAGGUACAGGUGUGUAGAUAGAGCGUACAUAUAUCUUAUAGAUGGAUGACAACAUUUGUUAUCAUGUCCUUGAUCUCAGUCCUAAGUUUCUGUCAUAUCAUCUGUUUGUGAAGGUCAUGUAUGGAGGUAGUGUGUGAAGGUCCUAUGGAAAGGUCAUGUGUGAUGGAUGUGUGGGAAGGUAAUGUGUGAAUAUUGUCGUAUGUGAAAGUCAUUAAAAUAUGUAGGUCACUCAUGAAGGUCGUGUAAUAUAUAUGGUAAACAGGGUCAAUAGACGAUAUAGGUUUUGUUGAUAACUUUUUAUGUUUCACUGAAACAGAACUUACAUUUUACAUAGAAUAGUGUUAAACAAAUUAAGUACAGAUGUAUAAAGCAAUCCUGGAUAUUUGAAGCAGCUUAUUGUGCUUCCUGGUAUGAUGUAUUCGACACACACUAUUGUGAUGAGGCUUGACACACCCUAUUGUGAUGAGGCUUGACACACCCUAUUGUGAUGAGGCUUGACACACCCUAUUGUUAUGAGGCUUGACACACCCUAUUGUGACGAGGCUCGACACACCCUAUUGUGAUGAGGCUCGACACACCCUAUUGUGACGAGGCCCGACACACCCUAUUAUGACGAGGCUCAACACAUCCUAUUGUGAUGAGGCUCGACACACCCUAUUGUGAUGAGGCUCGACACACCCUAUUGUGAUGAGGCUCGACACACCCUAUUGUGACGAGGCUCGACACACCCUAUUGUGACGAGGCUCGACACACCCUAUUGUGGUGAAGCUUGACACACCCUAUUGUGAUGAGGAUUGACACACCAUAUUGUGAUGAGGCUCGACACACCAUAUUGUGAUGAGGCUCGACACACCAUAUUGUGAUGAAGCUUGACACACCCUAUUGUGACGAGGCCCACACUCUAUUGUGAGGAGGCCCGACACACUCUAUUGUGAUGAGGCUUGACACACCCUAUUGUAAUGAGGCUCGACACACCCUAUUGUGAUGAGGCUCGACACACACUAUUGUAAUGAGGCUUGGUAGAAUUAUUUAUGAUAGUCACCUUGCUGGGUGUCCCUCUGUAGGAGGUGAUAGAAGUGCUGUUUAUCUAUUUUGUAUAUAUAAAUCAUACAAUCUUGACAUUCACUUUUUUUUGGAAGUUUAUAUCCUUUGUAGCUGUGUAAAAAUCUUGUUAAGGAAACCUAGAGUAGGGGGAGCUGAAGCAGAGAUUCCUUAGAGCUAUUAAAUUCUACUGACCAUUGCUUAAAAGUCUAAAUCUGCAACUGAAAUAUAAUAUUUGAUUUGUGCAGUGGCUUGAUAUCUAGAAUAUAGUCUACAACUAUUUGUAUUGUAAUUAAGGAAGUGCUUAGAAGGUUUGAUAGUAGAUUAUAUUUGAAGUCAUUUUUUGUUCACAGUGUACGAACCAAGUAGCUACACAUUAUAAUGUAUAAAAUUAUAUGGGAACUUUUUUUCUAUUUUUUUUUUUACUUUUCUAGUAUGCUUUACAUAUGUAUUUGAAUCAAACCAAGAUAUGACAGUUAGGGUAUGUUUUUUGAUUUUUUACAUUGCUUAUAAGACAAAGGGGAAAAACUGGUAUCUGUUAUUUCAUUUAUAAUUAACUUACAUGGAGUUUAAUGUUACUAAAUAUACUUUGCUUUUUGGCUGUGCCAUGAUUAUAAAUAUUUUAUUAGUAAUAGCUAUAUAUAUAGUCCACCAAUGAAUUGGAACAGAAAAACUUUUCAAUUACUUCAUUUUAUUGCCUUUGAAUACCAACAGGAUUGGGACAAUUUGUACAACUAGAGGGUAAACAAAUUAUGUAUUCAAUAUAAAGCCAUAAUAUUUAACUUAUUUGACUCACCAUGUUUGGAACACUUUCAUGAGCUGAUGCGGUGUUGCUUCGUCAAUCGUCUCUCAAAAUUCAGAUUUAACAACAUGUCUUCCAAAACUGAAACACACAUUUCUGUCAAACUGUAUCGGUAGCUUCCAUUCUCGGUUGAAGGAUGAUAAAAUGCUUCACAAAGAGAGGUGACUCCCAAAGGGGCCGAGAGACAUGACAAAAUUGAUUAAUGUCUUUUAUGCCAUCUUUUCUCAAACUACGGGGUAUGUUUGAACCAAGCUGGACGUACUGUAGCAUUGUUAGCCACAUCAAGAUCAUUUGUCAACAAACCAUGGUAAACUGAUCUCCAAAGUUAAUGUUUAGAAUUCAACCUCAAUUCUAAAAAUAAAACCAGGUGAGCAAUGCUGGCCCUUUGGGCCUUUGUUAAUCUUCCUUAACUUUAUUAGUAUUAAUUUAUUAAUUCAUAAAUGAAUAAUUCAAGGAAAGUUGAAGUCGUUUAGCAUUCGUGCUUGAGUUCUAGUCAUAAGCUAUAAUUUAUGAAGACAAAGAAUCAUCAUUUUAUAAAACUCUCAAUACGAAGAUAUUGUAUAUAAUGACCUAAUACACUGGUAUGUAGUUUAUAGAUAGCCAUUGUAUACUUAUCAUCCUCUUAGGAUUAUACAUGUACAGUUCAUUUUUUAAAAGAUCAAAUUCAGAUGAUUAUUAAUGAUAAUGACAUGAUGAGAUCUAGGAUUGUCACCCAAGGUCUGGUCUUGUCUUUAGAGUUUACAAUGUAUGUACACGUUUUGAUUGACUCAGAUUUUAUGGCAUUACCAAAUUUUAACAGAUGAAUGCCAUAAAAAUAACUUUGUGUUUAAAAUGCAAUUAGUCAUCACUUAGUGCAAUGUUUUCAUUGCAAAAAAUGAAGAAAACAAGAUUACUGUUGAAAUAAUGUACUUUUGCUGUAUAUAGUAUAGUAUAUGUUCAUCUUGAUUCUGUGAUCAGGGUAUAUCAGUUAAAUAUAUAUAAUUGUGCCAUUACAAAAAGGAUAUUGAUAUCAGAAAUGAGGAAAAUGGAUAAUUGUUCAAUAUAAAGAAUUUUUUAGUUUAGUAUUACAGUAUUUAAUUGCUCCACUACUUUUGGGAAAGACUGGAUUUUCUCUUACCCUGGACAGGGAUAUCCACAGUUUUACCGGGGUGAGAUUUUCUUAUCUCUUACCCUGGACAGGGAUAUCUAAUCCACAUUAUAGUCUUCUUAUACCUUUACAUCAAAUUACAGUUUUUGACUGUAAGAUAAAUAAUUGCAUUCAUUUCCAUAGAUGAAGUCAUAAAUGAAAGCAUGUUCUUCAAAUAUUAAUAAAGAUGUAUUUAUUUGGUUAUGAUGUAUAGAUCCAUUUUUAUUUUAUAAUUUCAAACCAAAAAGGGUCUUAAGGUUAUGAGUGAUCCAUACAAAUGCUUAUAUCCUUUAUAUAUGUUUUUGACAGAGAGAGUGGUCAGCCACGUAGAUGACUGAAUUUGAUGAAUGAUUUGCUCAAAUUGUAUAAAUAGGUGUUCAAUAGCCAUUUGUAGUGUUCCUGGAGAGUAUAGCGUUGAUAGUUUUUCAAGGAAUCAUUUAUUUAAGAUAUUUGUAGAAGUGCUUCGUGUAGUAAAUCUGUGAAUACAGUCUGUAUUACUGAGACCACACACUGUUUAUACAGUCUGUAUUACUGAGACCACACACUGUUUUAUCUUGUUAGAAACAGAUUAAUAUAUAGUCUAUAUGAACCUACUCAUUUACUGCCCCAAGAUAGCUUUAUCUUGGUGAUGGCAUAUUGGCAAACAUUUCCAAGUCCAUUGUCUGUAGAGAUGUUUUAAUGACACUUGUAAAUCAUCAAACACACAUACUCACCAUGGGCUUUGAAAGUGCCAGAUAUGGAUGGUAUAUCUUAUUAAAACUCUCUAGUGGAAUUUGUAUGUUGUGAUUUAACCUUUUAGAGAAGUGGAACUAUGGAGCAGUGUAAUUUGAUUACACAGUAAUACUUAAUGUUAUCUAUAUGUUUGUGGGUCACGGCAGAAUAAUCUGUGAUGAUUAGUGCUCAGUGUUUUUAUUCCUCAUCAAAUCGUGAUAGAAUUCCUCGUCAAAUCAUGAUUGAAUUGACAUCGAAUGCAAGAAAAAAUCUAUCAGUAUUACAUUGUAUUGUUAUAUGAAGUUGUGUUUAUGAUGGAUGUAAUAUGUGAUUUAAGUAUUAGAUUAUAUCUAAAUUUUAUUCAUAAUAUUAUAGAUUAUAUUCAUAUUUGUCAUUCCUGCUGUUAAUGCUGUUCACUGUUCAGAUGGGAUACUUCUGAAUUACCUCUCAUUAAGGAAAAAAAAUUCUGACAAUGAUGGCAGAAACAAUAGUAUAGGUUACAAGUCAUAUGAAAUAUUAGUGAUUUUACUGAUAGAGUUAAGAGAUUCAAACAUCAUAUAUAAUUUUUUUUAUGAAUACCCCAUGGUAAAGCUGCAUAAGACAGAGACUUAUAUAACUGUCUAUAAUGGGUUUCUGGCCUAUUCGAAUAUUUUCUCGUACAUGAGUUGUAUGAGAAGUAUGAUCUUGUACUUUUCUUCUUUAGAUAUUUGAUCUGGAAUACAUAAAAUUAAAUAGUUGAAUAUGCUUCUCACUGAAUAAGCACUUGUCUCAUAUCCAGUUAUUAAACUAUAGUAGCAGUAUUAUAUAAAAUAAAUUCAAUAGGAAACUAAAUUGUAUGAUCCCCUACAUACUGGAUAUGUAAUUAACAGAUAUAUAUAUAUGCAGCUGUGGUAAUUCAGUAGUGUUCCAUCUUGACUUACAUAUCUAAUUAGUGGUGGGAGAUAAAAGGGGGUGGGAAGAUAAUUAGGGCUGGGGAGAGGUGACUUUUGAGUUAUUCAGAAAAUCAUAAAAAAUGCCUAUCUUCUGAGGUAAAAAAACCCCAAAACAUCUGCAUGUAUAAACUUAGAUAUAAAUUGUUUCAGAAAAGUUUUUGACAGCAUAUUCCAGUAUUUGUAUAUACAUCUCAAAACAUACAAAGAAAUAUGGAUAAUUCUUUUAAGUGAAAUAAUUUCUUUUAAAGCAUUACAGAUAUGUAUUAACAUAAGACACUUUGUGUACAUGUAUGUUAUAAAUUAGAAAUCAAGGGAUAUGUGUGUCAGAAACCUGUGACAAGACUGAUCGCUGUUAAAUAGGUCAAUGACUUAUUAAAUUACCUAGAUAUAAACAGAAAGAUAUCAAAUAUUUAUGAAAAAUAAAAUAUACUGAUAUUAGAGAUUUAUUUCUGCAGUUACAAAUUUCCACGUACAUUGGAUGUAUAGAAUCAUGUUUCAGUCUUAUAAUAUUGUAAAUGUAACAAGUGGUAUUGUAUACAAAAAUGUGUCAGACUGAGCCUGUUUACAAUGUGGAUUUUACCUGUGAUUUUAAGGUAGAUAAAAGUAUGUGAUUUUUGUCUGUGAUUUUCAAGAAAAUGAAAUUAUGUGAUUUUUCCUGUGAUUUUUUGAAAGAAGCGUUUCUGAUUUUUGUCUGUGAUUUCCAAUAUUAAAGAUACAUUUUUUUUAUGUUGUUAUCUGUUCAAACACUGUGACUAGGGCUACUCUGCAUCAAAAUGAACUAGGCUUAACUUUAAAGCAAUAGAAAAGUAAUAUUUCAGGACUCUUGUCAUGUUGAAUCUCGUUAUACUGGGGUGGGUGAAAUAUUACUAGUCUCCCCUUAGGCUCGUUAGAGAUUUACAUCAUUCUAUCUUUUUGUAAUUUUCAUAAGUUUCAAUCCAAGUAGUUUAUACUAAUGUCCAUUUGAUUCUUCCAACUGUAGGUGUUACUUUGGAGUAAGUUCAUAUCAACUACACUGAAUGUAAUGUGUAUAUGAGAUACUCAUAAAAAAGGUAAAAAUACUGAAAAUGUGAAACAUUCUACCUAUCAACUGCAUGCUAGACCAGAAAGUGUUAAAAUAUGGUUGAGAUGUCUAGGUUUAAUUUAGGCAAAAUUCGUUCUCCUUAUUCAAAGUGAAAUAUUUCUUCAUUACAAUAAUACAUUGUAGUUCCAAUUUGCAUUAUCCUAUCCUACAAUAUUUGUUUUUAAUGUGACAGAUGUUAAAUUAGCCUGUUUACCUAAUUUGGAUAUGCAUUGUUUGUGUUUUUAUCCUAUACCACAACAAACACUACUUGAAAUAUGUGCCAAGUCUUGAAUUAACCAUCAAUAUUGGAUAAUGAAAUAGUUUCACAACUUAAAGCUGUCCUUAUUUUCAGUAAAUUUCUUAUACAUAAUAGUCUUGUAAACAGAUCAUGUUUCUGUUAACAAUGAACACUGAUGGAAUCAACAGCUGUGAUAUUGCCGAUAGUCGUGAGCAGACAGGACAUGUUAGUUUGUUGUAUGAAUUUUAAUCAUCUGACUUGUUACUGCAUACAUACAUGUAGAUUGUAAUUAGAAAAUUUGUGUUUUACAAAAUUACCACGAUGUACAGAAGUAAGAAGAGCAUUAUUUUUCACUGAACAAUGAAACAAAUGUAUAUUUGUGAUUUCUUUAUCAAACAAGUAUCAGUUUGUUUUACACCAUGAUAUAUCUGUAUUGUUUUGAGUGUAACUGCUGAGUGUAACAUUACCCAUGACAUGUGGGAAUCUCUGAGGCACAUCUGUUGUAGUGACCACUGGUCUGAGUCAACAGAUGUGUCAAUGAUCACUAGUCUGAGUCAACAUGUACAGCUGUGCCAAUGACCACUGGUCUGAGUCAACAGCUGUGCCAAUGACCACUGGUCUGAGUCAACAGCUGUGCCAAUGACCACUGGUCUGAGCCAAUAACUUUGUCAGUGACCUCUGGUCUGAGUCAGUAACUGGGUCAGUUGUCAGAAUUACAUGUAUUUACCUGGACAGUGAUAAAUGGUCAGAUUCAACAUUUUUUUAAAAGUCAGUGACCAGUAGUCCUGAACAUUUAUAUUUUUGAGUGAGCACUGGUAUAAGUUAUAUCUGUGUUAUUGACCACUGGUAUAAGUUAUAACUGUGUUAUUGACCACUGGUAUUGCCACUGGUAUAAGUUAUAUCUGUGUUAUUGGCCAGUGGCCUGAUUCAAUACCUGUGCCAAUGGUCUACUUAUUUGAGGGCUGGGCCCAUAACGUUGCUUUUUAUCAUUUUAUAUGUUUACCAAUGCCAUUGUAUUUUCUCUUCCAUCUUGGUUUCUACAAUACAGAAUGUUUCCCCUAUCA